AUGAAAAUAUCCGAGGAAAUCCACAUCUUGGAUGACAUUAAAAAGGAGCCAAAUUAUGAAGAGGACGAAAAUCCUGGAGAGUACAGAAUCUGUGACAGUCAACCUGAAAAUUAUCAUUAUAGCCAGGAAGAUGAGACUCAUCCUUUCAAUGGAGUCCAUCAAAUGAUCAUAUCUCAAUACCAAAAUCCAUCAAAUAUGCUGCCAUGCCAACCUCUUAACCCCGAAUUUCCCAUUACCACUGAGGAAGGAGAAAUUUCUUCAAGGGAAUUUUCGAAGUCCGAUAUUCAAUUCAUUCAAAAUGUUUACAACCCAAAUUCUGAGGUUCAAAAUAAUUUUGCUAAUAAUCUAAGUAUUUUGAAUGUUCAGUCUCUAAUCUCCCACGAAUUUCCAAGGCUUCAGGAGACUCCCUCAAAAUUUCCCUCUAAGGCCCCAAAACCAAUGCCGGCUGAAUUUGAUAAGGCCUGUGGUACUACCGUCAAGGAUAUGCUGAAGUAUAUUCGAGAGGGAGGAAAAUCAGGAGCAAUAAAAGGAAAUCAAAAUUUGCAAAGGUCGACGGAUAAGAAAAGGGAUCAAAAUGUUAAUGAACCGCCUGAAGUUCCCUCAAAAUCGUUGAGAAAAAAUCCCAGCCCUAAUCAUACGGAAAAUGGAGAGCUAAAUUUCCCAAUUUUCCCAAAUCAGUUUGAGAAUAAUGUACCCCAAAUAAAUGGCUUUGGUGGGACUCAACAUCCUUUUGCUGUUAACGAAAGUCCCCUUUUGACUUGGUCCCAAUUAUUAGCCACAAAUUUAAUGCCAAUUUGCAUAGCUCCAAACAACAAACCCCCACCCAUUACCAAUGGCACCUGGUUACCCCUGCCAACACAAAAUACCACGGAACGUGAUUUGAAGUCCCAAAUAACUCCGCCACAAUCUCCAAAAAAUUUGGGAUUUUUAUUACCUUUCAACAGCCACCAACAUCACCACCACCACCAAGGUGGCAAUUGUGAAACAUUCUCACAGCGUUCAUCAGCCACCACGACAACAACAACAAUUGGCCAUACAUCAAAUUCGCCCACAACCCUUUCCCAGCCAAGUCGAGAGGUAAUUAACAGCAUAAAUUUAACAAAUAUUGGACAUUCCACAGAUUUGGAGAAAAGUGCGGACAAAAUAAUGACCAAACCUCAGACGAUACACCACACAUCGUCACCACCUAAACCACCGAAAGCUCAGAUGGACCAAAAUAAUGGCACAGCCACAGAUGCUGCUACAGACUUCGCUGAGACUGGAGGGGACUUGAGGGAGCAGCAAAAAUUACUUGCCACGUCUGUGUGGCAUACGAAAUGCAUAAAACAGUCUGGCAUGUCUGAAGUAGAGAAUCUAAGAAAGUCAUUAACCCAGAGUGAAAAUAACAGCAACAACAACAACCACACCAAAGCAGACAUAAGAGCAACAAAUAUUUCCAUGGAAGCCAAGUAUCCGCCACCACCAUCAGUGGCCAAACAAAAGAAAGUCAAUACCAACAAAGCACAGAUGAAAGUAAAGGAAAUACUCAAAAAGAAGCAGCAUCCUCUACAUAUGAUGGGGACACCUACUCCCCCACAAUUGCAUCCUUCCACCCCCUUUACGUCAUCAUCUUCGUGUACUUCGUCGUCCUCUUUCUAUGGUGAGCAAUCCUUAUUUGUGCACAAUAUCCUGGAACGGGAUCGUCUAAUACGAGAGCAUCAAUUAAGACAGCAUUUACUGGAUAGCAGCUCCAACAGCAACAACAACAGUAUCAUACCAACAACAACAAAUACUGAAACUAUUUUAACACCCACAAUGAAUGGCUGCAGCAGAGGUGGUGGCUCCAUGGACAAUUAUAAUAAUUCACGUGUUUCGUAUUUGUUACUUCAACAACAGCAACAACAACAACAUCUCCACCAACACCAUCACAAUCCUCAUCAUUACCACUAUAAUCAUCAGCAGAAACAGCAACAGCCUCUGAGGGCCCAACAAGCCCCCAAUUUUUAUAUUCGGCAAAGAGGAAACAUUGGAAAUUCAACAAAUGUGCAUGAUGAUGUCCUUCAAGGACUAGACAGGACAGAGGGAGAGGAUGCCGAAGAAAAUAUUCUACAGGAAAAUAAGGAGACAAAAGAAAAUGACGAAGAAGAAGAGAAUGAAAAUGGAAUCGUAAAUAACACUAAAUACCAUGAUGAUGAUAUGGUAGUGGGCCAGCAAAAUUCUGCCCCCGUCAAGAAGAUGGAGGCAAGUGGAGACUCAAUCACUGUUGUUAAUCCAACAAAUUGGUAUGGCGAUGAUGAUGAUGUCGAUUGUGUUGAUGACAUUUCAUGUCAACAACGCCGGGCAAACGGAAAGGAAACACAAAAGGAAUUUUGCAAACCAACAAAAGAGGAAAAAGAAGAUGAGAAGGAAACUCUUGAUGAACAGAAUAGUGUUUUAAAUCUUCACAAUGAUGAGCAACAAGGACACUUUUCGAUGUCCUCAACGAAGUCUAUAAAUUCAUCUUCACCAGUUGGAGAGGAGGCGAGCGAGGUGGCUGGAAUAACAUCACCAAAUAAUGAAGUUAUUGACGGCAACAACAGCAUAUCACAAACUUCAAAUGUUGCUGACAGGCAGAACGACACUUCCUUGGCUGUCCUGACUGUAAGAAAAG